AUGCAGGGCGAUGGCUCGCACAACAGCACCGUGCUCCUCCUCGACCUCGUCGAGGACGGCGGCAACGAACGCUGGGUCGAGCAGCUCGACACGCGCUUCCAGAAGGAGUUUGCGGCGAAGAAGGCUGCACUGUGGGUAACCACCGAGACGGGUACGCUCGCGGGCACGGUCCGCAGCGCAGGCGGUAUCGACGAGACCGCUGGCAACAUCACCUUCGUCACUGUCCACGAGACUGGGCCCGUGGUCCCGUACGACCAGCCCGAGGCUGGCUUGGACCUGGUGACAAGGUGGCUGUACGACAUCCCGCUCACGCUGAACGCGAGCGAGGCCGCGACGCGCGUGCCUUUCAGGAGGGUGUAG